GCUCAAGUUCUGCUCAUCUAUGUAUGUUAUCUGUCAAGCCAAAUUCAAUUUGGUCGAGACUUACGCAGCAGAAAAACUGGUACAAAAUGAAAAAAAUGAAAGUGUUACAUAUACUUGUUGAUCGCAUCGCUGUGGACAAUGGGAAAUCGAUCAAUUGAAGCGCAUGACAUUGUAUAACUUCGCUCAUUGGGUAAUACACUAGUCUCAGGGGAUGAGGUAUAAAAACUCCGAGUCGCCUCAAUUAUGACAACAGUUAGCUGACAAUUUGUGGAGGCAGACGCAGACCAGACGCAGACCAACGGAAGGAAAAUCUAAGCAAUCGAGAUGGCAGCAAAGUUAUUCGUCCUGCUGUCGCUGGCCGUUGUUGCCCAAGCGGAGUACAACUAUAACGAGAAGGCAGCCACUGCCGUGAACACCCUGGAGCAGAGCUCCCCCAGCUCUGGGGAGGACUUCCUCAGCGACUACCACACGCCCAGCAACAAUGCGCUGAACUCCCAGGCCACUCCGGACGGUUACGACUAUGUGCCGCCUCGGACAAACCAAUUUGCAGCCGGCGGAAGCAGUUCGGCCAGUGUGCAUGCCUCGAAUCUACUGCAAAGUGCCGCUAAUGCCGCAUCUGCAUCGGCAGCCCUAUUGCCUUCGCCACUGCCCAUCCUGCGCCAACACCAGGAGCCGGAGGUUUUCCCGCCCGCCAGCUACAGCUUCAACUACGCCGUUAAUGACGAGAGCACCGGCGACAUCAAGGAGCACAGCGAGACCCGCGACGGCUAUGUGGUGCGUGGAUUCUACAGCCUGAUCGAUCCCGAUGGCUACAAGCGCACCGUCACCUACACGGCCGAUGAUGUCCAUGGCUUCAACGCAGUCGUGAAUCGAGUACCAUAUGCCCUCAAGACCGUGGCUGUUGCGGUGGCCCCUUCAGUGGUACCGGCCAUUGCCUUGGAUGAGCGCUCCAAGCUGCAAACAGUGGACAUCACGCGGUCGUCGGGAGCUUCCCCUGUGGAAUCUGAGGGAUCUGAGGGAUCUGGAUCUGGAUCUGGUGCGUUCUCCCACGAUAGCUAUGCCAAUGCCCCUCGUGGCCUGGACGCUUCUGGUGGUCCCUACGCCUGAGUUCUGCUGCUCUGCUAUGCGGUGCUUGUAUACUGCUUCAUUGUGUUCCAUCUAAUCCAUCUAGUUCUGUAGAUAUUCCAUUAAAUAUGAUUAACCAA